AUGCGUCGCCAAAAAAACCCCCCUCUUUUUUUCAUUUCCCCGCUUACUUUCCCCCUCUUUUUUCAUUUCCCUCUCCGUCUAAAACGGGCCAAACCCCCUCCCCCCCCCUCUCAACAAACCUCCCAAAUCCUAAAUCACAGAUCCCCAAAACCCUGGUUCCCCAAAUUCCCCUUCUCACCACCAAAAUCCCUCGCCGCCCCCUCCUCCGCCUCAUCUCCAUCGCCUCUGGCGACACCACCGCCGUCGAGUCCCGAGACCAGAAGCUCAACCGGAUCGCCGACGAUCUCCUCGCCCUCACAAAGGCCGAGAGCGAAGACUACUCGACCCUCUUCACGUAUCGACAUACUGAAAGUAUGGCUCGAACUUCUCCUGUCGCCGUCAUUUCUUUCCUCCCAACCCUCGGAGCGAGGUGAGAAAAGGGGUUUUUUUUUAAAAAAGGAAACCCUAAGGGGGUACAGAUCCAACAAGGACGAUGAGCAGCUAAAGUACCUUAGAUGUUUGUUGGAUUUGAUGGAACAUAGAAACAAAAAGAAGAAGCAAGGAGAUGUUCUGGUUGGCACCUUAGGGGCCUAUCUGUCCUUGCAACUUAUUUUAGCAGCAAUUGAUUUAGUUGAUGCUAAUUCAAAAUCUGGAGGUUACAUUGUUUUUUCAACAUGCUCCAUGAUUCCUGAGAUUGAGGCAGUCAUUGACUAUGCUCUCAAGAAGAUAAAUGUAAAACUUGUGACGUGUGGACUGGACUUUGGUCGCCCAGGAUAUGCUAACUCUCAACCUUCACCUUACUUCAUCAUCUAAGUCUGAAUUUCUGAAUUCUUUUUUUCUUGGUUGUCAGACUUGUGCAUUAUAGAGAGCAGAGUUUUCAUCCCUCCUUAGAGAAAAUAAGGCGUUUUUAUCCCCACGUGUAUAACAUGGAUGGUUUUUUUGUUGCUAAGUUAAAGAAGAUGAGUAAUACGAAACUAGCAGUAUCUGAGCCUUCUAAACAAGCAGAUAAGAUGGAACAAGCAGAAGUUAUUGAUGAUAGUAAGGAUGCUCAAAUGAACAACCCAAAUGGAGAAGUUGCAAGUAAAGGAAAAAAGAGAGGAAAAAGGAAAACACCAGGGUGCUGGAAAAAAAGACGGGAAGUCGACAAUUGAAGUAGGCAAGCAAUUCAGAACCAGCAAGAAGUGAAUCCUUGGCUCUACCAGAAAAGAGAAAAGCAACAGCAGUUCAUGAUGAUGGCGAUAUCACCAAAAAUAUCCCCAACAAGAAAAUCAGCAAGCGUAAAUUCUGGAAAAGGGUAGGCGACCUAGGGAUAGUGAUAAUAAGAGCGUUGCAGGAAAUAAUGGAAGGGAAAUACCUUCAUCAACAGUCGGAUCAAAAAUGAAACGGAAGUUCCCUUCAAGAGAGGAGGGAAUUUUACAAGCUAGGAACUUGGAUUUGAUUAUCUUGAAAGCAGAGAGCAACUUGUCAUGAGGUUACAAGCAAAUUGAAAUAUUUAAACAGUUGUUCCCUUCUUUCUUUUCUUUCACCUUUUCCUCUCGGCAAAUCGUGUUUCUUUUUUCCUUUAUGGAUUACAAGCAAACUGGAAUAUUUAAACAGGCAUUUGAGUUGACUUGGAAAUGGAAAUGAAUGUAACUAAUUUGUAAUGGGAGAAAAUUCUUUGUUUAUCAUAAUAUGCAACAUGUUUGGAGUAUAAUUUGAUGUUUA